AUGUCGGUACUUCCUUCAGCCGCAGAGUUCCGUUUUGUUUGGGAAGUAAACUCUGUGAAGGACGGGGACUCGGUGAGGACAUUUGGCAGACUUGUCUGCUAUCAGCCAGAGGAGUCCAGGGCCACGCUGUCCGCUCAGCACGCUUCAAAGGAGCACAGAGUGCGUGUCCGGACUGCGUUUGUCGAGCCGUUUCACCCAAUAAUAGGAGCCCAGUACUUAGUUCUAGGUGAAGUGGACAAUCAUGAAGAGCUUGGCGUGAUGAUCCGUGCCCGUGUACUCAACUGUGUUGAUGGUGUAAACAUUGCACUUCUGCAGAAAGCCAUCAAUGAUCAAAGGAGCUUCUUCAGAGACAGGGAGGACAAACAGUGA